AAACAAGGAUCCGUUUGUCCACUUUUCCACAAUUUGAAUACUUGGAGGUUAAGAGAUCCUCCAUCUCUCUUCAAGAUCUAAAUCUCUUCUUCCUCGUGCUUUUCCACCUAAUUGCUUUCAAUCUCUCGUCGUUUUUGUAAACUGUAGAUCCAGAAAAUUAUCAAUGGAGAAUGGCGAAAUCCAGAGCGCAGACGAGGAAAUGCCCAUGCGAAGCGGACGAAAAUAUACACCAGUCGUCGCUCAUGAUCGUGCUGUUCUGCAGAUGUCUUCAAUAGAGCCUGAAUCUUCUUCUCAGUCCUCCAAUCGUGAUGGUCCCUUAAAGAAAGUUAAAGUAAGCUUGCAAUCAAACAUGGGGCCUGAUGCAAAACAUGGAUCAUCUCCCUCCAAUGCCCACAGGGAAUCCAAACUGGAAUUGUUUGGUUUUGAUUCUCUUGUAAAUAUUCUUGGUCUGAAAAGUAUGACAGGAGAACAACUUCCAGCUCCUUCCAGUCCUAGAGAUAGGGAGGAUGUUUCUAUUACUCUUGGACAGCCAAAGCCAUCUGGUGUUAAGCUGGGGACAAUGAUGGGUGUCUUUCUGCCAUGCUUGCAGAGCAUCUUGGGAAUUAUAUAUUAUAUCCGAUUUUCUUGGAUUGUUGGUAUGGCAGGUAUAGGUGAGUCACUUUUGUUGGUCGCCUUUUGUAACUUGUGCACUUUCCUCACCGGAAUAUCAUUAAGUGCCAUUGCAACUAAUGGUGCAAUGAAGGGUGGUGGACCUUAUUAUCUCAUUGGUCGAGCCCUUGGUCCAGAGGUUGGAGUUAGCAUUGGGUUAUGCUUCUUUCUUGGGAAUGCAGUUGCUGGAGCUCUAUAUGUUUUGGGAGCAGUAGAAACCUUCUUAGAUGCGGUGCCAGGUGCUGGAAUUUUUAGAGUGACUAAUGCUGCGGGAGGUUCAAGUCCUAGCAUCCAUGACCUGCAAAUUUAUGGGAUUAUUGUGACCAUCAUCCUAUCAUUUAUUGUAUUUGGUGGUGUCAAAAUUAUCAAUCGGGUUGCACCUGCUUUCCUUAUACCUGUCCUGUUUUCAUUAUCAUGCAUAUUUAUUGGGAUCUUUUCAGCGAGGAAGGAUCAUCCUGCAUCUGGAAUCACGGGCUUAAGCCUGACAACAAUCAAAGAUAACUGGAGUUCAGAUUACCAACGAACUGACAGCGCUGGGAUUCCCGAUCCUGAAGGAAAAUUUUACUGGAACUUCAAUUCUCUUGUCGGUCUCUUUUUCCCUGCUGUAACGGGAAUUAUGGCAGGUUCAAAUCGCUCUGCCUCACUAAAAGACACGCAGCGAUCAAUACCAAUUGGAACAUUGACUGCAACUCUCACAACUGCUUCCCUAUAUCUAGUUUCUGUGUUGUUUUUCGGAGCUGUUGCAACCAGAAAGAAGCUUUUGACAGACAGGUUACUUACAGCUACAGUGGCUUGGCCUUUUCCUGCAAUCAUUUAUGUUGGAAUUAUCCUCUCCACUCUAGGAGCAGCUCUUCAAAGCUUGACAGGGGCUCCACGGUUGCUUGCAGCGAUUGCCAAUGAUGACAUUCUCCCAGUUCUUAACUACUUCAAGGUUGCUGAGGGGGUUGAGCCGCAUUUUGCUACCCUCUUUACAACCUUCCUCUGUUGUGCAUGUGUUGUGAUUGGGAAUCUGGAUCUUAUCACACCGACUGUUACAAUGUUUUUCCUUCUUUGUUAUGCUGGUGUCAACUUAUCUUGCUUCCUUCUUGAUCUUCUAGAUGCUCCAAGCUGGCGUCCUCGGUGGAAAUUUCACCAUUGGAGCCUCUCUCUUCUUGGAGCAUCCCUUUGUAUAGUGAUCAUGUUCUUGAUCUCGUGGUCAUUCACAGUGGUUUCUCUUGCCCUGGCCAGCCUUAUAUAUUACUAUGUGAUCUUAAAAGGGAAGGCAGGGGACUGGGGUGAUGGUUUCAAGAGUGCAUAUUUCCAACUGGCUCUUCGCAGUCUCCGAUCAUUGGGAGCGGACCAAGUCCACCCUAAGAACUGGUACCCAAUCCCCCUCAUAUUCUGUAGGCCAUGGGGGAAGCUUCCGGAGAAUGUCCCCUGCCAUCCAAAACUUGCUGAUUUUGCUAAUUUUAUGAAGAAGAAGGGGCGAGGCAUGUCUAUCUUUGUCUCUAUUCUUGAUGGAGAUUAUUAUGAUUGUGCUGAGGAUGCAAAGGCUGCCUGCCAGCAGCUCAGAACCUAUAUUGAGUAUAAGCGCUGUGAGGGUGUAGCAGAGAUUGUGGUUGCCCCCUCUAUGUCUGAAGGUUUCCGUGGGAUUGUCCAGACCAUGGGCCUUGGUAAUCUCAAGCCCAAUAUUGUGGUGAUGAGAUAUCCAGAGAUAUGGCGUCGAGAGAAUUUAACCGAGAUCCCAGCCACUUUUGUCAGUAUUAUCAAUGACUGCAUCGUUGCCAAUAAGGCAGUUGUUAUCAUCAAAGGGCUUGAUGAGUGGCCCAACGAGUAUCAAAGACAGUACGGUACCAUUGACUUGUAUUGGAUUGUAAGAGAUGGUGGUCUCAUGUUGCUUCUCUCUCAGCUUCUGCUUACCAAGGAGAGCUUUGAGAGUUGCAAGAUUCAGGUCUUCUGCAUUGCCGAGGAGGAUUCAGAUGCGGAGGAGCUCAAGGCUGAUGUGAAGAAGUUCCUAUAUGAUCUCCGCAUGCUGGCUGAGGUGAUAGUCAUUACAAUGAAGUCAUGGGAGGCCCAUAUGGAGGAUGGCGCACAGCAAGAUGACUCGAUGGAGGCAUUCACUGGGGCCCAAAAACGAAUAACAGCUUACUUAGGAGAGAUGAAGGAGAAGGCUGAGACAGAAGGGACUCCUCUGAUGGCUGAUGGAAAGCCUGUUGUUGUUAAUGAGCAACAGGUAGAGAAAUUCCUUUACACCACUUUGAAACUGAAUUCAACCAUACUAAGAUACUCGAGAAUGGCAGCAGUGGUUCUUGUGAGCCUUCCCCCACCUCCAUUGAACCACCCAGCUUACUUUUACAUGGAGUACAUGGAUCUGUUGGUACAGAAUGUGCCAAGGCUGUUGAUGGUGAGGGGAUACCGUCGAGAUGUUGUAACCCUCUUCACAUAGUAGCAGGAAUUUUUCAAUUUCCCCCUCUGGCCCCCAUUCUGUUUUCCCUUUUCUUCUUGUUCAUAUAUUUUUGUUUUCUUUGUGAAUCUUUUUUGUAGUUUAUAUGUCUUAAGUUUAUUCUUUUUUUUUUUUUUUUUUUUUUUUUUUUCUUGAUAAGCAGUUGUCUUCGCCCUCUUCCUUCUUUUUGUCCUCAUAGAGCAGACAUUUUUGUACUUUAUAUGUUAAAAUGAAAUUCCUUUCUAUACUGACUUCACUCC